AGCUCCUCCUGACUGCAGUGUCCAGCAGACUCUUCCAGGGUUGUGCCCGCUCUGCUUCUCCGUUCUGCAGUGCAGGAGUGUGUGAGAUCAUCAGUGUGUGUGAGCUGGCCGUGCUGGAGUGUGUGACGCGCGGAGGAACCACUAUGAGCCUGAAGGCUCAUUUCGUGUCUGAUCUCCCAGACGUGUCGUGUGUGUGUGAGCGUCUGCAGCAACUGAACCUCUCCUUCAACCUCUUCACACACGUCCCUCAGCAGGUGUGGGAACUGAAGCAGCUGAAGGUGCUGAAGAUGAGGAGUAACCCACUGGAGGAGCUUCCAGCAAACAUCAGCAGACUGAAGAACCUACACACACUGGUGCUGUCCUUCUGCAAGAUCACACAGCUGCCUGCAGAGCUGUUCUCUCUGCCGUGUCUGCAGUAUCUGGAUGUCUCCUAUAACCUCCUCAGAUCCCUCAGCAGUGACAUCGGGACCCUGCGGAGUCUGCGGUCUCUGAAUGUGGAGGGGAAUCAGCUGGUGUGUGUCCCUGCCGCUCUGCUGAGUGUGUGUGUGUCGGAGCUGCGUCUGUCUGGGAAUUACACACACGCGUUACUGUGGAGCGAGAACAGCCGCAACUCCCCUCAGACACUGCUGCACACCGCUGCACACACACUCGCACGCACACUCGCAGCGCACGGACAAACACACCUGCCGCCCGCUGCUCAGACCAUCCUGCAGAGCGCUGGAGUGUGUGAGGCGUGUUCGGGCCCCAUGUUUGGCCCCGGUCUGCAGCUCCUCGUCCCCGUCUGCAGUGUGUUUGGGCUGCAGGUGCUGCCCGUCAUGUUCAGGUGCUGCUCACCUGUGUGUGUCAGAACAUUCCGGAGACACACACACACACACCAGCGGAACACCACAGAAGAAGAUUAAAAACAUAAAUACAUCAGUGUCCACACACACACACACACACACACACACACACACACACACACACACACACACACACACACACACACACACACACACACCAGCACUGGAUUCCUCACACUCUUUUAUUUGUACACUUCACCAGCGGGACGUUUCUCAUGGUCAUGUAUUGAUUAUUCUCCAUGGUGUGAUCAGUAGUCUCCAGGAUAGUGCUGAUCUGUAUUGAUCUUGUAAGCGAGGGCUGAUCAUCAUCAUCAUCAUCAUCAUCAUCAUCAUCAUCAUCACAGUGGCGUCCGGAGCGCUAAUAUUCUCUGAAAGCCAAUCAGAAUGCAGAGUUUUCUCCAUCAUCAGCUGGAUAAUCCUCCUGACCUGGCUCCUCUGUGUGCAGCUGUGCUGUGAUCUUCACACUGUCCACCAUUUCCACAGACCUGUAGCGCCAUCAUCAAAGUUCUCCUGCCUGCUGUGAUCGGGCCUUAACGCCACAUCCUUCAUCAGACCGGAGCAGGAGCUGCACGUCUACUUUAAAGGGUUCAAAUGAGUCUCCAUCAUCUCCAUCAAUCCCCUGAGAGCUUCCUUCAUCUUCAGACACACAGAUGAGGAUAUUUCAGAUGAAGUCCUGGAGCUCUUCAUCCUCCAGAGACAGCGAGGGUCCCGAGACCCUCACACUGCAGAAAACACCCAAAACAGUCCACGUGUGUCUUCAGUGUUCAGCUGUGAUCAUAUGAAGCUCCAACAACACACUGACCGUGUUCACACAUACCCAGAGGGUCCGCAGGGUCUUACAAAGGCUUACAACUACAAACACACUACACUUUAGGCCUUCAAAAGUCUAAUAUUGAGUGAAUAUUGAUGCAGGAUUUGAUCUGAAACAUCCUCGUGUGUGUGUGUGUGUGUGUGUGUGUGUGUGUGUGUGUGUGUGUGUGUGUCUGUCUGUGUGUGUGUGUUCGUGUGUGUGUGUGUGUGUGU